AUGACUCUCUCCAACGGCACCACCCCUCCCACUGCCGGCACAUCCAAGUGUCUCCCUACCGUAACCCCUGGCAAAUGCUUUUGGCAAACAGCUCGUGAUGAGCUCAGCGACCACCGAUCGACGGAUCAAUUGCCCGAGCACCGUGAUAUAGUGAUCAUUGGUGCGGGGUAUGCGGGUGUCAGUACAGCAUAUCAUCUCAUGAAGGUUGGCAUUGCGACAACGUCAAUUGCUAUAUUAGAAGCACGAGGCGCAUGUUCGGGAGCAACCGGUAGAAACGGCGGCCAUUGCAGACCCGAUUUCUAUGGCCAUAUUCCGACAUACAUGGAUCGCGCAGGGGAUCGAGCGGGUGCGGAAAUUGCCGAAUUCGAAAUAGCCAAUCUUCGUGCACUGAAGAAGGUGAUCGAGCAGGAGAAGAUCGACUGCGAUUUCACUCUUUCGCGAUCGGUCGAUGUCUGGUGUAACGAGGAGUCCGCGAAGAAAGCCAAAGCGGUCUACGACCGAGUGGUUGCCGCCGGCUUUGAGUAUAUGGAGGAUGCUGUUUUUUAUACAGGCGACCAAGUCGAAGGGGUAAGUGAUUGUAUCAUAUCUCAUUCCUGUGGCACAACGAAAUCAACCACUGACAUCCACCAGAUCUGCGGUGUCAAGGGCGCAAAAGCAUGUGCCAGCUUCACUGCCGGUACCAUGUUUCCUUUCAAAUUUAUCAGCCAUCUUAUUCGACUACUCCUUACAGCCGGGGUAAAUCUACAAACACAUACACCGGUCACCUCCAUUACACCAAACCCAGAAGGCGAUUUCAUUGUGGAGACACCUCGAGGCAAGAUGCGUGCAGGAAAGAUCAUUUACGCCAAUAAUGCCUAUGUCUCCGGGCUUCUCCCAGAGUACAGCAAGAACAUCAUCCCCUGCAAGGGUAUCUGCUGUAGAAUCACUGUUCCGGAGGGGGUCACACCGCCACUUCUCAACAAUUCAUACAUAAACCGAGCCGACGACAAUACGCUUUCUUAUCUUGUCCCCCGUGCCGAUGGCAGCAUUAUCGUAGGUGGUGCCGCUGCCGUAUUCCGGCCAUUCAAACACCAGUGGUACGAUAAUGUGGACGACAGUGUCCUGAUCGACUCCGCUAAGGAGUACUACGACGGGUAUAUGCAGCGAACAUAUCGUGGAUGGGAAGAUACCGGUGCCAAGGUGGACAAGAUAUGGACGGGUGUCAUGGGCUAUUCAUAUGACUCAAAUCCGCAUAUCGGACACGUUCCAGGGAAAAAAGGUCGGUUUAUCCUAGCUGGCUUCAACGGGCAUGGUAUGCCAGUCAUCUGGCUAGCAGCAAAGGAACUGGCCAAGAUGAUUGCCAAGGGUGUUCCCUUUGAAGACACCAGCAUGCCUCGUCUAUUCCAGACAAGUCAAUUCCGCAUUGAUCGCGCACAGGCUGGAAAGGAGGAGGAUGGUGAUAUUCUUGGGACUGGCAAAUUGGCUGCUACUAGACCCUGA